UUGAGGCCGCGCUGCCGCCGGGUCUCCGGCCUUGAAGGCUCGGGCUCGCAGCUGCGGCAGUGGCCGCAGGAAGAGGCGGCGGGGGCGGGGGGAGAGGAGGGCCUGGGCCCGCGCUCCCCCAGCCCCAGAGGAGCAGGCGGCGGCCGCAGACUGAGAGAUUCGCCCGGGCGGUCGGACAACCCUGCGGAACCCGCUUGGGAUCAUGACCCAGGCUGGGGUCGCCGCCGCCGCCGCCGCCGCCGCCGCGGCCGAGACCACGCAGCCCCGGGUAAGAAGAAAACAUAACUUAUAGACCAUCUUCUGGCAGAAGAUGAUAGAUUUGGAUCAGAAACGGGAGGCGUUGGAAGCCAGGAAUCAAAAGUGAAGAAAUUCUGCAAGCCCUUGGGUGAGAAAGGUUCCUAUCACUGUAACCAUGCCAGAAAUGACAGAGAAUGAGACUCCUACAAAAAAGCAGCACAGAAAGAAAAAUCGGGAGACACACAAUGCAGUGGAGAGGCAUAGAAAGAAGAAAAUCAAUGCUGGGAUAAACAGAAUAGGAGAGCUGAUCCCAUGCUCCCCUGCGCUGAAACAGAGCAAGAAUAUGAUCCUGGACCAAGCCUUUAAGUAUAUAACAGAAUUGAAAAGGCAAAACGAUGAACUCCUGCUUAACGGAGGAAACAAUGAACAAGCUGAAGAAAUUAAAAAGCUACGUAAACAACUGGAAGAAAUUCAAAAAGAAAAUGGCCGAUAUAUUGAAUUACUAAAAGCAAAUGACAUAUGUUUAUACGACGACCCCACAAUCCACUGGAAAGGAAAUCUUAAAAACUCAAAGGUCUCUGUUGUUAUUCCCAGUGACCAGGUUCAAAAGAAUAUCAUUGUUUAUUCCAACGGGAGUCAGCCUGGUGGAAAUAGCCAGGGAACAGCUGUUCAGGGGAUAACCUUUAACGUUGGUCAUAAUUUACAAAAGCAAACUGCCAAUGUGGUGCCAGUACAGAGGACGUGCAAUCUUGUGACUCCUGUGUCUAUUUCUGGAGUUUACCCUUCUGAAAACAAGCCAUGGCAUCAGACCACGGUUUCUGCGUUGGCUGCCAACCAGCCUGUUCCUCUUUGUCUUCCUGCUACCAUUUCUGCUCAAAAUCUUCUUGAGGUUUCCACCUCCGAAAGCGAGUCGAGUGUGCUUGGUGCUAGCAGUGGCUCACUGGUCAGUGUCCCUGUCGGGCCUGAACCACCCCAGCAUCAUUCCCUGCACACAUGUCUAAAGGAUCAAAGUUCUUCUGAAAAUAAGAAUGGGCAAGAGAGCCCCCAAUUAUUGAAGAAAACAGUCCCUUGUGCCACAAGCGUCUCCUCCAGCUGCUCAGCAACUGCCACUAAAGGACACCAAGGAAGCAAGUCCUGCCUGAGCGUACAGGAGUGCAGAAGUGAUUUUCAAACCACCUUGGUUGUUUCCGUUACCACGACGGUCUGCUCCCAGCCUCCAAGAUCUGCAGGUGAUUCUUGUCCAGCGAGCAUUAGCAAGGGCGCAGACUUGACAAGUGUUACUGCGGUGGGGGCCCCAUCUGCCCCUGGAGGAGGGGAGACCGCCACCCCUGUGAGCACCCUUCCUGCAAACCCUGUGGACAGUGGUUGGACUCUUUCUUGUUCUUUGCCUUCUUCAGCUGUUAGUGCUUCGGAUUUGAAAAACAUUAAUAGCCUUACCCGAAUUUCCUCAGCUGGAAACACGCAGACGACGUGGACUACUUUGCAACUGGCGGGGAACACUAUUCAGCCCUUAAGCCAGACACCAUCUUCUGCUGUGACUCCGGCAUUAAAUGAGUGUGGUACUAACCCCACCACGACCAACCACAGUAGAUGUGUGGCUACAGGCGUCAACUUGAAUAAUUCCUCUCCAGCAGCUGGGCAGCCAGUUGAGCAAGUAGUUGUAACCUUGCCUUCUUGUCCAUCUUUACCUAUGCAGUCACUGAUUGCCCAGCCACAAGUUAAAUCUCAGCCUCCAAAAAGUAUCCUUCCACUGAAUUCAGCAAUGCAAGUGAUUCAGAUGGCUCAGCCAGUUGGGUCGGCUGUUAACGCAGCUCCUGCUAAUCAAAACGUUAUCAUUCUUCAGCCACCCAGCACGACCCCGUGCCCAACAAUGAUGAGGGCAGAGGUUCCCAACCAAACAGUAGGCCAACAGAUAGUAAUCAUACAGGCAGCUAAUCAGAACCCUUUGCCACUCCUCUCCGCUCCACCUCCUGGCUCUGUUCGACUCCCUGUCAAUGGAGCCAGUGCUAUCAUAGGGUCUAACAAUUCAGUGCAAAAUGUUUCGACCCCACAGAGUUUUGGAGGAAAGCACCUUGUCCACAUAUUACCAAGACCUUCAUCUUUAUCAGCAUCUAAUUCAACACAAACUUUUUCUGUAACCAUGUCAAACCAACAGCAGCCUCAAACCAUUUCUUUAAAUGGACAGCUCUUUGCUUUGCAGCCCGUGAUGUCUUCAUCAGGAACUACAAGUCAAACCCCUAUGCAAAUUAUUCAACCUACCACCAGCGAAGAUCCAAAUACCAAUGUUGCCCUGAAUACAUUUGGCGCUUUGGCCAGCCUCAAUCAAAGCAUAUCGCAGAUGGCUGGGCAGAGCUGUGUACAACUGUCUGUUAGCCAGCCUGCCAAUCCUCAAACCGCUGCAAAUAGUCAAACCACCCCAGCUAACUGUGUUUCAUUAACAACAGCUGUAGCAUCUCCCAUGACAACGGAGAAUUCAGCCACACUACCCAGUACGUAUAAUCUAGUGACUACUCCCUCAAUGAACACUGUAGCUUGUUUGCCUAACAUGAAGUCCAAAAGGCUGAAUAAGAAGCCGAGCGUCAAGAAACACUUAGCCACUAAUAAGUCAGCCUGCACCCUGAAUCCAGCCAGAGAUGUGGGUAAGUUAGACUGCCCCAGCUCCGAAGGCUCCACAGAGCGAUCGUGUAAUGAUGGACUUCUGGACAGACUCCCUGGUGUGUUACCAUCUGUCACUAUGUCCCAGGCAAAUAGUGUAAGUGUUUCUGGCUCACAUUCUUUGGAUGUUCUGAAUUCUGAAUCAGUGAUACCUGAGUCUAUACCCAAAUCUAAGUCAGCAGAAGAGUCUAGCUCAUCCUCCCAAGAAUCUGUAACAAGUGAACAUUUUACAAUGGCCCCAGCAAAAUCCAAAGAUUCUCUCCCCGUUUUCCAGCGAGAGACAUCUCAGGAUAAGCCACCAACUAGUUUGGCAUUGCCAGAUGCCGCCAAAUCCUCCACUUCAGCCAACGUGUUGAUUUCGUCUGAGAAUGAUCCCCACGUUUUGGCUUCUCAGGUUUCCGAUUUGUCAUCCGCCACGAGCACUGCAAGUACUGACUGUGUUUCUGAGGUAGAAGUCAUUGCUGAACCUUACAGGGCUGAGCAAGAUUCAUCAGCUACAGUGCAAACCACAGGUCUCUUAAAGGGGCAGGGUUUAACUGCAUUGCUAUCUGGUCUUGCUAAAGGAAAAGACCCUCAGAAAUCAUCUCUUUCAGUCCAGGUGGACCAUCCUGACUUUUCUUCAGAAAAUUCUAAAAUAGUCCAUUCAAGUGUUGAUUUACAUCCCAAACAGGAGCUAUUACUGAUGAGCAGUGACGAUAGAGAUCCAGGACAGCAUCAUUCCUGCAUCCCUGAUCAGGAGGUUAUCAGUGGUUCUUUGCUCACCAGUAGGCAGGCUGACUCUCCCAUGUCAACCAGCUCUGGCAGUAGUCGUAGUUUCUCAGUUGCAUCCAUGCUUCCUGAAACAACUAGAGAGGAUGUCACCAGCAAUGCAACGACCAAUACGUGUGACAGCUGUACCUUUGUAGAGCAAACUGAUAUAGUUGCUCUUGCAGCAAGAGCUAUUUUUGACCAGGAGAACCUUGAGAAGGGAAGAGCUGGCACCCAGGCUGAUAUAAGGGAAGUUCCUUCAAAGCCUUCUGAAGCAUCCUCUUUAGAGGGAGACCAGCCUUUCAAAACACAGAUAUCUAAAGAGAACGGCCCAGGACAGGCAGAAGCAACACCAAAUGAAUUUAAUUCUCAGGAUUCAAUUGAAGCAACUGUGGGUCGGCCCCUUGAAAAGCCAAGUUGCUCCAUAGGAAUGAAAACAUCAAAUGCCUCUUUACAGGUUUCGACUUCUCAGCCACCAAGCAUCACCAGUUUAAGUGUGAAUAAUCUUAUCCCUCAGAGCAGCAUCAGCCAUCCUCUGGUCAGCUGCGCUGGUUUAUCCCAGACUUCAGAGCAAACAGCUGUUCCUGCAACAGUUAAUCUGACGGUUUCGUCUAGCUCCUAUGGCAGUCAGCCUCCUGGACCAUCUCUGAUGACCGAAUACUCCCAAGAACAGCUAAAUACUAUGGCUGGUACCAUACCAAAUCCACAGAUUCAAGAGCCACUCUUGAAGCCAAGUCAUGAAAGCCGUAAAAACUCUGCUAAGCGUGCUGUCCAAGAUGACCUCUUACUGUCUUCAGCUAAACGUCAAAAGCACUGUCAGCCGGCUCCCCUCCGGCUUGAAGGUCUGUCCCUGAUGAGCCGAACUCCAGACAGCAUUUCCGAUCAAACUCAAAUGAUGGUUAGUCAGAUCCCUCCCAACUCUUCAAACUCAGCUGUGCCUAUUAGCAACCCAGCACAUGGAGAUGGCCUUACGCGAUUAUUUCCACCUGGUAACAACUUUGUGGCCCCUGCGUUGAGGCAAACUGAGGUUCAGUGCAAUUCGCAGCCUUCCGUGGCUGAGCAGCAGCAAACGCAGGCCAGCCAACAUCUGCAGGCCCUGCAGCAGCAUGUUCCAGCUCAAGGGGUGCCUCACCUGCAUAGUAACCAUCUCUACUUAAAGCAGCAGCAGCAGCAAGCAGGGCAGUUAAGAGAGAGACAUCACUUAUAUCAACUGCAGCAUCACGUACCUCACGCGGAGAGCUCUGUCCACUCUCAGCCCCACGUCCACCAACAGAGAACCCUGCAACAGGAAGUUCAGAUGCAGAAAAAGAGGACUCUUGUUCAGGGCACUCAGGCCUCUCAGCUUUCUUUACAACCCAAGCACCAUGGAACUGACCAAUCCCGACCCAAGAGCGGUCAGCCACACCCCCACCAUCAGCAGAUGCAGCAACAGAUGCAGCAACACUUUGGAAGCUCCCAGCCAGAGAAGAGUCGUGAAAACCCUUCCACAAGCCGGAGUCACCAUAACCAUCCGCAGAACCAUCUCAGUCAAGACAUCAUGCACCAGCAGGAGGUGGGAAGCCGGCAGCAAGGUGCGGGGGUUUCUUCUGAACACGUAUCUGGGCAUAAUCCAAUGCAGAGGCUUUUGACGUCAAGAGGCAUAGAGCAGCAAAUGGUGUCCCAACCGAGUAUCGUGACGAGACCAUCAGACAUGACUUGUACUCCACACAGGCCAGAGAGAAAUAGAGUUUCAAGUUACUCUGCGGAGGCACUCAUUGGAAAGACAUCUUCUAAUUCAGAGCAGAGAAUGGGUAUAUCGAUUCAGGGUUCCAGAAUUUCAGAUCAGCUUGAAAUGAGAAGCUACCUUGAUGUUCCCAGAAAUAAGAGUUUGGCCAUUCAUAAUAUGCAGGGUCGUGUGGACCAUACUGUUACCUCAGAUAUCCGCCUUUCUGACUGUCAGACAUUUAAGCCAAGCGGAGCCAGUCAGCAGCCCCAGAGUAAUUUUGAAGUACAGUCUUCAAGAAAUAAUGAAAUAGGUAACCCUGUGUCAUCCUUGAGGAGUAUGCAGUCCCAGGCUUUUCGAAUUAGUCAAAACCCUGGUCCACCACCAAUUGACCGCCAAAAGAGAUUACCUUACCCACCAGUUCAGACCAUCCCAACAGGAAAUGCUGUCCCACCAAGGGACGGUGAAAAUACAUGUCACCAAAGUUUCAUGCAGAGUUUACUUGCCCCUCACCUGGGUGAUCAGGUCAUUGGGAGCCAGAGAUCACUCCCAGAGCAUCAGAGGAAUACACAGUGUGGUCCCUCCUCUGCAAUCGAAUAUAAUUGUCCCCCAACUCAUGAAAGUGUCCAUAUUAGAAGAGAGAGUGAGGGUCAGAAUAGGGAGAGUUGUGACAUGUCCCUGGGUGCAAUUAACACCAGGAACAGCACUUUGAAUAUUCCAUUUUCGAGUUCUUCUUCCUCAGGAGAUAUUCAAGGUCGAAACACAAGUCCCAACGUUUCUGUACAGAAGUCCAAUCCCAUGAGGAUUACUGACAGUCACGGGACCAAGGGCCACAUGAACCCUCCAGUCACAACCAACAUGCAUGGGGUUGCAAGGCCAGGUUUGCCGCAUCCGUCUGUGUCUCACGGAAAUGCUGACCAAGGGCCUCCUGUACGUCAAACUAGUUCUUCAGUUCCCCAGCGAUCAAGGCAUCCCUUGCAAGACAGCAGCGGUUCCAAAAUUCGUCAGCCUGAAAGGAAUCGCUCUGGAAACCAAAGACACAGUAAUGUCUUUGAUCCAAGUCUUCCCCAUCUUCCUCUGUCUACUAGUGGCAGUAUGAUUCUCGGACGCCAACAACCCACUACAGAAAAGAGAGGAAGUAUUGUUCGUUUCAUGCCUGAUGGCCCACAAGUACCUAAUGAUAAUUCAGCGCCUGACCAGCAUACACUAUCACAAAAUUUUGGUUUUCCGUUUAUUCCUGAGGGUGGCAUGAAUCCACCAAUAAAUGCUAAUACUUCUUUCAUUCCACAGGUUACUCAGCCUAGUGCCACUCGAACUCCAGCCCUCAUCCCUGUAGAUCCCCAAAAUACUCUCCCCUCCUUCUAUCCCCCAUACUCUCCUGCUCAUCCUACACUGUCCAAUGAUAUUUCAAUCCCCUAUUUUUCUAAUCAAAUGUUCUCGAAUCCUAGCACAGAGAAGGUAAACAGUGGAAGUUUGAAUAACCGAUUUGGAUCAAUUUUAUCUCCUCCUAGACCUGUUGGUUUUGCUCAACCAAGUUUUCCUCUUCUCCCUGAUAUGCCCCCAAUGCACAUGACCAACUCUCACUUAUCCAAUUUUAAUAUGACAUCUUUGUUUCCAGAAAUAGCUACAGCUCUCCCUGACGGCUCAGCAAUGUCACCUUUGCUUACGAUAGCAAACUCGUCUGCCUCGGACUCUUCCAAGCAGUCCUCAAACAGACCUGCCCACAACAUAAGCCAUAUUUUAGGUCAUGAUUGCAGUUCAGCUGUUUAAAUACUGACUGACUAAACAUAAAUGUAACGGGUGAGAUUACAAAUGUAUUUGUGUGUGUAUUCACACGUGUGCACAGGAAGAGAGAGAUUGCGUGAGUGUAUCUCCUUGUGUUUGUAUAAUCAAUUGUCAGUUAUCUUCUGAAUGUAGGGAAGCCGUGUCAGAGAUGAGGCAAAUACUGGGUCAUCGAAAACAAAUUAUCUUUCAUUUUUAACCGCAUGGUGUACUUUUUAAAUUUUCCAAGCAGAUUUACAUUUUCAAGUUUGAUCUGUAAUCUGACAUUCCCUAGAUAUUAAUCGGCUGGAAGUUGAGGGAGAUCAUCUUGGUGUGUCCUGGGUGGUAGGAAGGAGCCUAGAUUUUAAACUUGAUUGUUGAUAAUUUGUAAAAUAGAUAGUUGAACUGGUUGAGUUGCUUUCCAAGAAUACAGACAGUUCGAUAUAACACAAUGGCUCAUAACCAAGUACUGGCCAGUGUCAGCAUCUAGAACAGUUUCUUACCCAUGGCAGGUAUUGGAUUAAUGUAGAAUGAAUGUCCAUGAUUCAAGUCAAGCAGUUAGCAAAUAAAUGAGUUGUUUAAUCAACCUUUAUUCCCAAGGUUUGGUUUAGGUAGAGGCUUCUUUCUUAAUUAUAACAAUUCAUAAAUUAUCUGAAUGUCAUGUCUAGUUCUCCAAAUUAGGGAGCCACGUUAUCCUUUAAUGUGCCAAGAUCCUGUAAAGCAAAGGUCUUCCUUAAACAAGUAGCCUUAAAAGUGGAAAGCUAAAAAGCAAAGUACAUAGAUGUUCUCCAUUUUGUACUUGCAUCUUGCAUCAGGCCAUAAGGAUAAAAGCAGUUGUAUUGUGGAGUUUUGCACGUGUUCAGUUAAAGAUUGUUUCAUUCAUUGAGUUUUGUUGUAGAAUUCUCUUCUAUUUAUUUGAUCUUGAAAUAAGUUCUUUUACAUUUGUUAAAUCAUUAGGGACUGAUCAGUAAAUAGCGUGUUUGGAAUCUACACAGUUAUUUGAGCCUUACUUUUAAAAUAUUUCUGAACAGAGUCUUAAGCUCUGUCAGUAUUUUCAUUACUGAUAUUUAUAUUUAAAAUAUGGCAUUGUAUAUUGCAUUAUUACCCUUCAUAAUAGAAUUACAAUGAGAAGAUGAAUUUGUUCAUUAUUUUUCCUGAUGGUAGAUGUGAAAUGGUGCUUCAAAAAAUUGUCUUUGUAUAUGUCCAUGUGUGUGAGUGUGUGUGUACUCGGACAUAGAUUUUAAAGUAUAAACUGGCUCUUUAAAAAUAGGCCUGCCAUCUGAAAAUGAGGAAUUGGGACCUGAGACCUGCUGAAGUGUGGAAGAACUUGAUGUAGCGUUUUUUAAAAGCCCCGCUGAAGUUAAUAAUGAAUUUUAAAAAUAUAUUCAAAAUUCAUGUAUUGAAUUUUGAAAAUUUAAUUAAAAAUUAAGAAAACAAUUAUAUGUACUCACAUUCUCAAGCCCAUUAAUUUUUGUUGUUGUUAUAGUCUGCCAAAAAUGGGAUGGAGUGGGAGAUAUAAACUGUUCUGUCUACUCUGUUAGCAAAGUGAACCCACGGACCAGAAUUUUGUGUUUUUUUUCCUUAAAAAAAAAGCCUCCUAAGGCUUGGUUAGAGCAGUUAACUCCAGUGAAUACCUCUAUUAAAGACUCAGCAAAAGGGUCAUCUGUGCCUCUUCAACUGUUCUCACCAAAUUUUCCUGUCUCUUCCUGCUGCCAGCUGAGGCAGCCUCCUGGGGGCAAAAAAAAUAAGAAAAAUGUUUGUCUUUUCUCCCUUCAAAACGCUCGUGGGGAGGAAUAGGAGAGCAUCAUGAAUAAGUUACUUAAGACAGCAGAUAAACACAGUAGUUAAUUGAGAAAAAAUAUGUGAGGUUUAUAACUUUAAAAAACCCCUGAGUUUUAAGCUUUAACUUUCAAGUUUUUCUUUGUACUUGAAAGGUCCAGUCUGCUAAUUUCAAGGAUUGGUUUCAAUGUGUUCAGCUAUUCAUUCUCCCUCCCUCUCUCUUUCUCACCUUGUCUUUCUCUCUCUGUCCCCCGCUCCUCCUCUUGCACCCGCCAACACACACACAGUGGCUAUUGAGUUCUGAAGAACUGGGGACUGUUAGAAUUGGAACUAAGGUAACAGGCUAAGAAGAAGCUCAAUUUGAACAUUCAGUGGAAAGGCCCCAAGCCUGGUACUUGCAGAUAUUUCUCUGUUGCCUUGAUUGUAUUUUUCUGCUCAGCUCUGUUCAGAGAUAGCAUUUACAUUCCUCAGAGCUUUCAUUCCAGGAAUAUAACACUUUGAUCCCGAAAGAGUCUCUACCCCCUAAGUAAGGCUUAUUUGACCAUUGGAGGAAAGAUACGACCAUCUGCAAAUAAUUUGGCUCCUGCUUACAUGUAGCUCUAUCUUACAGACAUGUAUGUAUGUAUGUAUGUAAGAGAUCAUUUUAUACACAAACUCAAUUCUGAAAGUGUUCAGAGCACAGUAAUCUUACUUGAUUUAUAAGCACGAGUAUAUAAGAUUUACCAGCAGUAUUAAGUAUUUGAUCAUUAGAGCUACCUGAUCUGGGGGAGGAAAUUUAUUAUUUAAUAUCUAACAAGCUCUGGAUAUAAUUUUUGGCAAAGGAAUGGCAGAGAACAUAGUCAAUUUUUGUUAUAGUAAAUUUAAUGUUAUUCAUGGCUUACUAAUAUAUGUCUAUAGGAUGUAAAACCAUUUCCACAGAUAAAUUUGUAAUUUCUAGAAAUACACUAACUUAUGCAUGAGUCAUAAGUGAGAGUCAUUGAUUAAAUCAUUUCUCUCUCUUGUAGUGUUAUUGAUCACAUAGAAUCAGUUUCAGAAAGUGGUUGAUUCCUGUAAACAUUUUACACAGCAACUUCUGAUGAGGUGAAAAUUUUCAGAUUUCUCAUCAUGUAAAAACUUCUAAUGUGUCAAUCAUGGAUAAAAGAAAUCAACUUUGAUGUCAUUUCUUUUUUUUUUUUUUGGUACAUACAGGUUGUUUUGGGAUGUUUUAUACUGCUGCAGGAAGUUUAUUUUUAUUUUUAUUUUAAGACCUUUGGGGUGUACCAGAGAUGGCACCCUUUUUCUAAGUAAGGAGUGCAAAUUCCAGAGUGAUCAUUCUUUAUAAAAUGUAAUGUAUCAGAACUUUGGGAAGAGAAGAACGAGGAAGGAAUAUUCUUUUUCAGUGAUUUUCAGUCACAUAUCAGGGUGAACUGCAAUGAGGAUCAACUUUUAAAAAUCAGGCUUCUUAACAUACAAAAUGAUUUAAACAUUUUAAAGAUAAUUCAUUUGCCUUGCUCUUGCCUUCUAACAUUGGCCAUUUCAUGGAGAGGCUAAGAUUUAUACUCCAAAAAAAUGUAGAAAUACAUUUUAAUGGGAGUGAAGUUCUUAAAAUUUGAGAAAGGGUAAAGAAUCACUAAUAUGCAUCUUCUUAGCUUUAUCCUUCCUUUGAUACAUAAGUACUUAGGCUCUUAUUUUCUUCCGUCUGCUCCAUGUCAAACAGGUGGCAGGGAAUCUGGUCAUUUCCUUAGAAGGACGAUUACUCCUCUGCCUUGAAACAUUUAUUGGGUCCAGAGUCUGUUGGAUUGGUGUGUGAUAGGGCCUCAUACUUCCAAAUCAGUGAUUCCCAAAUGCCUGCCUUUGGAAACCAUUAUAUCUCCUCUUAAGGGGCAACGAGAAUUUCUCAAAACAAAAGUAGUUCACGACCGAUUGAAAAUGUUUAAUGUGCCAUAUAGUUCUGUCCCUUGUUUGGGAGAGGUUUUUUUUUUCCCCCAUGGAGGAGUAAAGAAAGGGCAAAGGUGGUACCAAAAUCAGACGGCUUUGGGUUGAUAUCCUUAGGAACCUGGAAGUCGUUGUUCUAAUUCUGUUGUCUCUCUAAAUCUACCUUUGCCUAGAGAUAAUGACCUAUGGCUGUGUACUUCCAGAGGGCAAUAAUAAUAAGCGAUGAUUUUAUGAUACCUUUAUGCAAAGUAAUGGCCAGAAAUUAGUUUCUUCUCCGAUACCUUUUUGGCUGAAGGAUACCAUUUCUCCUUCCUCCAGAGUUCAACAGAAAAGGGUCCUUUUUUUACUUAACAAUAUUCUCCCUGCAUUCUACACUUCCUGUGUGAGCCUAAGAGUGUUUCUACUAGAGUCUGUGGGGGACAUCAGGUUCAGAUUGAGGCAAUCCAGGUGUUCUGGGAAGAAGUGUUGAGGACCUUCUUGGACACAGAGCUUCUAGCUGUGCCCGCAUGCCGCUACCCUGAGACUGCACUUUACCUGCAACUGUGCCUCUGGUCCUAGGACCAGCCAUUGGAAUAUACUGCUCACUCACUCCUCUGUUACAGCAAAGGGCCAGCCGGGAUGGUACUUGCUGUGUAAUCAAACACCUAGACGACAAGUACAGCUGAUGUUUCUCACUGUUGCCUUAUCAUUCUCUGAGCCAUCUUUAAAGCCGAUCUUGUAAAAAACUUACUAGUUAGAUGCAAGACUCCUUUUAAACUCAGAGCUUGUAUGUGGUGGCCAUUCAACAUCCUUCUCUCUAGAUUUGCACAAACCCUGUCAACUGUAAUCAUUUUCUGGCGCAUGCCUGUGUUCAGAUGCUUCAUAAACAUGAGCCAACCUGGGUUGAAAAUAUUGGGGAUAGUGUCCAAAUUGGUGUUAUUUUGGAUGACCGCAUAAUCUGUCACUAGGGAUCUCAUGAGACAUGGAAGACAACUCUGCAUUUGUUAACACUUUUUUGAAAAGGUGAUCAUUAAUUUUUUCCCCUCAGUUGUGUGUACAGCUAUACACCAUACUAUGUCAUAGGAACUUAAGGUUUACUCCAUGUCAGUCCCCUCUUCACUUUUCUGGACCUCUGUUCCUCCAUCCCCUAAGUCUUAAAACCAUUUUUCAUCUGUGAGGCACUGGACAUGACUAUAUUGGUAACUUUUAGGGGGAGUUGAACUGUUGAUCUUCCAAGAAGAAAGGGACCAGACAGUGUUGCUUAAAAUGCUGCAGUUGUGUUACUGUGAAGAAAAGAUUUGCUUCCACUUUCAACAGGAUAUAUAUAUAUAUAUAUAUAUAUCCAUAUAUACACAUAUAUAUUCAUUUCAGUAAAAGUGGGUGGAAAAAUCUGAGAACAUAGUUACCUUCACAAAUUAUUUAUAGAUACACUGGGUGAGAAGCUUACUGUAGGGCAGUCACCAGAAAAAAUCUAACUGUAGUGCUUUCAGUAGUGUAUGUAAUAUUUGUAACUAUUCUCACGCCAGCAAUGUCUGCUGUGCACUGUGUCCUAUUACUGUAAAUUACCUGGUUUAUAAUUCUAAUGGGAACUAAUUUGUUUUGUAAUAGAAUCCAGAGCAGAUAUGUAUAAUAUGGUCAGGAUUGUCCUACAGCUGUAAAUAAGAAUAGGUCCUGUUUAUUUUGACAUCUUUUUACAAAUGCAUUGUAUUAGGGUGUGAAUAUUCUGAACCAUGCUCUUGUUUAAAGUUUUGAAAUUUUUAUUGGUAAAUGUAACAUUUUAAUGGUUGUAAUAAUUAUUUGUAUAGAUAUGAAUAUAGUAUUUUAUUUAAGAAAAUAAACUUUGCAUUUUUGCAUUGUGAA